UGGUUGCACGCACGCUCGGGGGUGACGGGUGCGUCUACAUUGCGCGAGGAGGGCGAUGGAGAUUUCGUGCGCCUUGCUGGCGAUCGAGUGAGACGCGCCAUUCGUUGAACUGUGUCACAUCGUCGUCGUCGUUGUCCGUAUAUCAAAUUGUUCGUGAUAAGAGUGGCACGAAUGGACAAAGGCAGCGCAUAAAAGAAGGAACCCUCGCGAGCGCAACGGGGUGACAAAAUGUCGAUGUAUCACUGUUUAUUGUGAACGAGUCGAAGAAACGAGGCAGAAAGGCAAAGGGAGAGAGAGACAAACAGAGAAAGAGAGUAAAUAAGAGGAUUGAUAACGAUUGCGAUACCUAUCUCUCUCUCUCUCUCUCUUUCUCUCUCUCGGAUUGUUGUGAUUUAGAGACGUAGACCAUAACGACGGGCGCCAAAGACGGGCGGAGCUCCGUCACAUUUCUUGCCUUUCCAGAGGGGCAAGGAAAAGAGUGAAACAAAGAAAAGGGAAAGAGACUGAUAUUUCUUCGGGAUAGAACAAAGGUGCGAAAAACAUAUACCAUGGCAAGGACUGAUCAUCAACCGAUAAUGCGACAUAAUUCGUAACGGGAACGGGGGGCUGCCCCGAAUACGGAGUCGCCUUGAGACGGCAAGCGAGGAAACGACCCGGUAACUCGCGGAGAGAUGUAUGCCGCGGCGGGAGGUGCGAGUAUCGCCAAUCGGAGAAAGCAGAAGCGGCUGCAGCUCAACAAGCAAGUGCCGAUCAAUGUCGUUCCAUCAAGACUGAAGACUGGCUUACCUCCUGGUCCGCGUCACCAGCAACACUAUCAGCAUCACCAGCAUCAGCAUCAGCACCAACACCAGCAUCAGCAUCAUCACCAGUAUCAUCAGCACCACCACCAUCACCACCAUCACCCGACCAAGCUCGCCGCCUGUCCGCAUCAAGUCACAUCAGCACAGCAAGCCCCGCGAGCGCAAAACCAGGCACCGACGUCGACGUCGUCGUCAUCCGCUGCAUUUCACCCGGUCAUCGACGAUCGGCGCCGUCACAUCGACCGUCACAAGUCCCAGCAGGUCGCUCCAGUCUCGCCGAUCCAAUUCCCGAUUUCACCGCCCCCGCUCUCCCUCGAAUCCUCGGCAUCCGCCACCACCUUCCCGGCCAACAAGUCCAGCAACUUUCCCUUCCCGCCACCCUCAAUCCUCGAUCUCCGAGUUUCGCCUCCUACUUCGGAGCUACAGUGCGGCGGCCAAGGACCUGGCGGCAAGGCGGCGUGGCAAGGAUGCAGCAGACCUUCGCCCCUUCCUUUAUCUCCCACAUCGCCUGGAUACAGAACGAAGCAAUGCGAAGCACAUCGACGAUGGAUGAAAAGAAACAGGAUAAGAGACGCCAGUUACUGCUACGGAAGCAGCGGCGAGGACGACGACGAAGAUGACAGCAGUAACGCCAUUCAUCAGCGAGGCGAGGUCAGCGCGGCGGUGAACACCGUGCUCUACGUCGGUUUGGGGACCACCGCGCUUGGUUUAGUUAUCUCAUUCGUCGGCACCGGGGAGAAAGGUUUCCUAAGUCCGCAGCUGAGGCUAGUCGGCCCAUCGUUACUGUGUGCCGGUUUGCUGUGCUGUCUGUUCCGCGUGUUGCUGUGCCUCUGUCUAUGUCACUGUGGUCAGUGUCGCUGGCGAUUCUGUCAAGUCGGCUCGCACAAAGAGAAAACGAGGAAAGCGGACACGCAACCGGGACCGGGAACGUUAUCGACCGCUUCGUUGUUGCCGCCGUCGAUGCAUCAAGAACGAGAACGUCCAGUUGCUCCCACGAGCCGCUCCGUGUCGCCGGCGACGAAGGGACACGAGCUCCUGCUCUCACCUGCCCAAUUACCGGAGUAAAGGACAACGUGAUUCGCGCGCUCACGAACAUUUUCUACGAAUGAAUUCUAUAUACCAUACGCCGAUUUACUGCCGGUUCACGCCCGAUUGCUCGAUCCUAGUUUCCAUUACGGCCUGAACCGCGAAAUUUCGCAGCCUAAAAAGUAGCCUAAAU